UUUACGUUUAGGUACAAAGUUCAGUCGAGUUUUGCUAAAAUGUUGAAACUAAAUAGCUACGGAACGCGCAAAUUAAUUUUAGAUAUUUCUAAAACCCGUUUCUACUCUGCGGCGGUGCCCCAAAGAAAACCCGAAAGUGAAACGAGAAAAGAGCCAAAAAGAGAAAAUGAAUCUUUCAUGGCCAACAUCUUUCGUGGCAAUUUGGUCUCGAAACAAGUUUUCCCCUACCCCGAUGUCUUGACAUUGGAACAAAAGGAGACCACGGACAGCAUGCUGGAUCCUUUCCAAAGGUUCUUCUCCGAUGUCAACAAUGCUGCGCGCAACGAUGAAAAUUCCGUCAUCGAUGAUAAAACAUUGGACGCCCUCUGGGAGCUCGGUGGCAUGGCCAUUCAGGUGCCUAGCGAGUACGGUGGUCUGGGCAUGAAUAACACUCAGUAUGCGCGACUGUGCCAAAUAGUGGGAGCAAAUGAUCUGGGCUUGGGCAUCACCCUGGGCGCACACCAGAGCAUUGGCUUCAAGGGCAUCCUGCUGUACGGCACUCCAGAGCAGAAGGCGAAGUACUUGCCUAAGGUAGCAUCCGAGCAGGUUUAUGCUGCCUUUGCUCUAACCGAGCCUAGCUCCGGCUCGGAUGCAAAUUCCAUACGCAGCCGGGCAGUGAAGACUCCAGACAACAAAUACUAUAUUCUGAAUGGCUCAAAGAUCUGGAUUUCCAACGGUGGCUUGGCCGAUGUGAUGACUGUAUUCGCCCAAACCGAGCAAAUCGACAAAAAGACUGGCGAGAAGAAGGACAAGGUGACGGCGUUCAUUGUGGAGCGUUCCUUCGGUGGUGUCACAAACGGUGCACCCGAAAAGAAGAUGGGCAUCAAGGCUUCUAAUACAGCCGAAGUUUACUUCGAGGAUGUCAAGAUUCCCAUCGAAAACGUGCUCGGCAAGGAAGGCGAAGGCUUCAAGGUGGCUGUUAACAUUCUGAACAGUGGACGCUUCGGCAUGGGCGCCACCUUGUCCGGAACAAUGAAGAAGUGCAUUGAGAUCGCGACGGCACAUGCCAACAAUCGCACGCAAUUCGGCCAGAAGAUCAAGGAAUUCGGAACCAUCCAGGAGAAGUUGGUCAACAUGAAUAUAUUGCAAUAUGCGACGGAGUCUAUGGCGUUCAUGAUAUCCCAAAACAUGGACUCGGGCAGCCAGGAUUAUCAUUUGGAGACGGCCAUAUCGAAGGUGUACGCCUCUGAAUGCGCCUGGUACGUUGCAGACGAAGCCAUCCAAAUUCUGGGUGGCAUGGGAUUCAUGAAGGAGACCGGCUUGGAGCGCAUCAUGCGGGAUCUGCGCAUCUUCCGCAUAUUCGAAGGUACCAACGAGGUGCUUCGACUGUUCGUCGCGCUCUCUGGCGUUCAGUACGCUGGCAACCACUUGAAGGAGCUGCAACGCGCAUUAAAGAAUCCCUCGUCGAAUCUGGGCUUCAUCUUCAAGGAGGCUUCGAGGCGUGCAACAUCAACGAUUGGCUUGGGAGGCGUCGAUCUGAGCGCCUUCGUUGUGCCCGAGCUGCAGGAGUCGGCGAAGAAGGCGGCCUCUUGCAUCGAUCUCUUUGGCCGCACCACCGAGGAGGUGCUAAUGAAGUACAACAAGAACAUCAUCAACGAACAGAUCGUAUUGAAUCACCUGGCCAAUUCCGCCAUCGACAUCUAUGCCAUGAUAGCAACACUCUCCCGAUCCACACGAGCUGCGAAACUUAAUCUGCCCACGGCGGAGCACGAACUUAACCUAACCAAAGCGCUGGCCAACCAGGCUACCGAACGAGUCCUCCAGCAUCUGAGGAAAGCGACCUCACCCCAGCUCCAAAGCGAGAACAAAUUGGUGUCUACAAUAGCGAGAAAAAUCUGCGAACAGGAUGGCGUCCACUCAACUGGCGUCAUCGAUCUGAACUAAAUUGCGAUCAAACGUAAUUAGCGAAAACCUAAUCCAUGUAUCUAAUCCAUUCAUUAGCGAAUUUUAUUUGUCCUCAUACUCUGUUUAAUGAAUUUCAAAAUAAA